AUGAGAUCCAAAUUUCGUUACAGGUCAAGAACCUUUGAAACGUGUCUCAUCUUGCACUUGGAGCCGGACUUACCGAAAAAUGGAAUGGCUGGCUCCGUCCCUCAAAAAUCCAAAGUUCUGUGUACACUGCCGGCAUCAGUGUUCCAAACCGCUCGAACUUCAACCUCACAUCCGUCAUCUUAUUCACAUCAACAUUGCUGCAAUUCUUUUAUCAUCGCCGGAAAAAGCUCCAGAGACCAUCACAGCUCCCACCGGAACGCCAGCGACUGCCAACACAGCUCCGAGACGCUCCAAUUCAAUAUUGAACGUUUCGGUGCCCGCCCCUCUGGCUGA